AUGGCUGAACCUCGCUUUAACAGUCCUUAUUUUUGGCCCCCACCACCUACCAUGGCUGUCACUCAGGAGCAGCUGAUGGCCGAGAAGAUCAGGGCAUCUCACCCGCCACCCGUCACGCCUCCUUCCCAGCAGCCUCUGCUGUCUCCGGACGCCGGUCAGCACGUAACGUCCAAAGCUGCGCAGCAGCCGGACGUUGUCUUGCAUGCUAGCCCUGCGCGACCUACAUCCAGCUCGCUCACAGGUCGCAUUCUGGGUGACGUCAACCUAAAUCUGGACGACAAAGCGGCUAUCAAAGCCCGGGGAUUGUGGGAGGACUGGCGUCAGCUGAUUGAGCACCCAGCUCGGGCCAACCACCUCUCAGGUGUUUCGCUGGCGUCCAGAACGGGAAACCUCAACAACUCCGAGGUGACGUCCCCGGCCACCCCGCCCUCGGGUGGCUCCACCCCCCACCUGCUGUGCAGCUUCACCAACCCACACGGGAUGGAGCCCGGAAGACACAACGGCGGUCUGGUGGGUCUACUCGGGGUGUCCAAACCUCCGAAGGAAGGGCGUAGGAAAAUCAAAGCGGAGAACGGCUCCUCGCUUCUGGUUGUGCCGUACCCUAUCCUGGCGUCCGGCAACGAUCAGUCUUCCAUCAGCAUCGCCGCCAAAGAAAAAACGUACAGGUGUAAAGUGUGCCCGCUGACCUUCUUCUCAAAGUCGGACAUGCAGAUCCACUCCAAGACGCACACGGAGGCCAAAGCGUACAAGUGCCCUCACUGCACCAAGACCUUCGCCAACGCCCCGUAUCUUGCGCAACACCUGCGCAUACACCUGGGCCUGAAGCCGUAUCGCUGCGCUUACUGCGAGAAGUGCUUUCGCCAGCUCUCACACCUGCAGCAGCACACUAGAAUCCAUACGGGCGAUCGUCCAUAUAAAUGUUUCCAACCCGGAUGUGAGAAGGCCUUCACGCAGCUGUCCAAUCUGCAGUCCCACCAGAGGCACCACAACAAAGACAAGGCAUUCAAGUGUUCCAACUGCUUCCGGGCGUACUCGGACGCUGCGUCGCUGCAGAUGCACCUGUCGGCCCACGCCAUCAAGACUGCUCGGGCCUUUUGCUGCGGCACGUGCGACAGAGCAUACACGUCGGAGACCUACCUCAUGAAGCACACGUGCAAGCACGCGGGGCCUCGGAGGAGCGAAGCCCCCCACCUCCACCCCCGCACGGACAUCUCUGACCUGAGCGCCGCUGCCAUUUUGUCCCGACAUCACCUCUCCCUCUCCGUUUAG